AUGAGUUACGGUGUAUAUGGCAUCAAGGCUGAUGUUACUUCGUUAGAUGAAGACCUUAAGGAACUGAGAAGUAAGAAAUUUAACAACAAAGACAUUGAAGAGAUCAAAUCAUGGAUAUUCAAGGUAAUAGGGGAACCUGAACCUCAAGGCCGCCUCACAGAAUCUCUCAAAGAUGGUACAGUAUUAUGCAAACUCGCAAAUACUUUAUCCGAGGCUGACACCGGAAAGGUCAAUUUGAUAAAAUGGAAGAAUUCAUCAAUUUCAUUUGUUCAAAUGGAACAGAUUGCUAUGUUUCUUCAAUUUGCAAGGCAAUACGGAGUUCCGGAGGACGAAUUGUUCCAAACUGUAGAUCUAUACGAAGAGAAAGACCCCGCUAUAGUCUAUCAAACAUUGAAAUCUUUAUCUAGAUACGCUAAUACAAAGCACCCAGAUAUUUUUCCAGUGAUCGGACCGCAGUUAUCUACGAAGAGACCAAGACCACCCGUAAAGGAUAAACCAUCACAUUUGAAGAACACUGGUUGGAGUACUAUUGAAUAUGGAUACAUGAAAGGAGCUAACCAAUCUACGGAGGGUGUUGUUUUUGGUCAUAAGAGAGACAUUACUAUGAAUCAAUAA